AUGACCUUCGAGGACUUUUGUGGUGGUCCGUUUUGGGACGAGGAGUUCGUGUGGGACAUAGACAAUCCCAACCUGACGUUCUGUUUCCAGCGCGUCAUCCUGCAAUGGGCCCCGUGUUUAUUUCUGUUUGUGUUCUCUAUCUACGACAUCUUGAAAAUUACCGAGAGCCGAUAUCGAGACAUACCAUGGAACUGGUACAAUCUCUCCAAGAUGCUAGUGAUAUUCCUGCUGAUGUGCAUGUCCUGGAUCGAUCUGGGCAUGGUGGUGAGCUAUCAGGAUGAGCAGGGCUUGUAUGAUGUGCAGAUCCUGACGGCUGUGUUCAAUGCCUUGGCUUAUAUUGAUUUGAUUGUGUUGCUGUUCUUCAUGCGUAAGUACGGAGUUCGAACGUCGGGCACGAUGUUCAUGUUCUGGUUCCUGCGAAUGUUCUUCGGCAUCAUUCAGCUCCGUACGGAGGUGAUGGACAACGACAAGCGACCGAACGCGAUCGGAUCCGGUGACACGGUUGACUUUUGGGAGUAUCAGUACGUCAGCUACAUCUUGCAGUACUCCUUCAUCUGUUUGAUGCUCGUACUCGAGCUGUUCCCUGAUAAGGCCCCUAAGAUCAGCCACUAUCCCGAAUCUAAAAACCCUAAUCCGGAACUGCAGUCAAGCUUCUUUUCCAAGCUUUUGUUCCUAUACUUUGAUGCGUUCGCAUGGAAAGGCUUCCGAAAACCUCUUACGAUGGAAGAGCUUUACGACAUCAACCCACAGGAUACGUCUCGCGAGCUAGUGCCACCGUUCGACAAGUACUGGGAUAUGAGCGUUAUUACUGGACGUAAAAAACAGAUCGCCGCAGACAAGAAAGCGGGCAAAACGAACAUCGAGUACAAACCACACUCCGAAACGAAUGGAUCAUCCCUGUACGCGAUGGUGCGCGCAUACGGUGCGCCAUUUUGGUUCGCAGGAAUGCUCCAAAUUGCGAUAUCCGGACUCCAGUUCGCCUCACCUUAUCUCAUGCAAGAAAUGAUGUCGGUUAUUGCACUGGAUGGUCCCGUUUGGAAGGGCCUGUUGUUGACGUUUGCACUGUUUAUUGCCUCACUGCUGCUAGCGCUGCUGAAUGGGCAGUACUUCUACAACACGUUCCUGAGCGGUUUCCGCAUACGUACCGGUUUGGUGAGUGCCAUCUAUCGUAAGGCGCUCCGAAUUUCGAGCGCUGCGAAAAAGGACACCACCGUUGGCGAGAUCGUCAAUCUCAUGGCUGUGGAUGCGCAGCGAUUCUUCGAACUUACAUCAUACUUGCACAUCCUAUGGUCCGGAAUAUUGAUCAUCGCACUGUGCGUGUACCUGUUGUACGAUAUUCUGGGUGCGGCUGUAUUCGCCGGGCUUGGCGUGAUGAUACUGAUCACUCCCGUGUCUGGAGUGAUUGCCACAAAGAUGCGCGACGCUCAAGUAGCUCAGAUGAAGAUCAAGGAUGAUCGUGUGAAGAAGAUGAACGAAAUUCUCGGCGGCAUCAAGGUGCUGAAGCUGUACGCGUGGGAACCAAGCUUCCAGGAUUCCAUUUUGACAGUUCGUAGGGAAGAAAUUGGCAUUCUGAAGCGUAUGGCGUACUACGGUGCAGGAAUCUACUUUACCUUCACCAUUGCGCCGUUCCUGGUGACGCUCGUGUCAUUCGCCGUGUAUGUGCUGGUGGACGAAGAGAAUAUUUUGGAUCCACAGACAGCGUUCGUGUCUCUUGCCCUGUUCAACAUUCUGCGCUUCCCGCUUGGAAUGCUCCCCAUGAUGGUCACAUUCUCCAUGCAAGCUUGGGUAUCGGUGAAGCGUAUCGACAAGUUCCUUAACAGUGCUGAGCUGGACCCUAGCAAUGUCACAAACAACAAGAGCGAUGAAGCACUCACCAUCAAGGACGGAACGUUUUCCUGGGGAGAUGAGACACCCACACUGAAGAACAUCAAUCUCUCGUUGCGCAAGGGACAACUGUCAGCGAUCGUUGGCACAGUCGGUACUGGCAAGAGCUCCUUGAUAUCGGCACUGCUUGGAGAGAUGGAGAAGAUAAGUGGCCUGGUGAAUACGGACGGUUCGAUCGCAUACGUUCCGCAGCAAGCCUGGAUCCAGAACGCUACUCUGCGUGACAACAUUCUCUUCGGCAAGCCAUUCGACCAGAAGAAGUACGAUAACGUGAUCGAUUGUUGUGCCCUGAGGCCCGAUCUGGAGAUGCUUCCCGGUGGCGACACGACGGAGAUCGGUGAGAAGGGUAUCAACCUUUCCGGUGGACAGAAGCAACGUGUGGCACUGGCUCGUGCUGUGUAUGCCGACUCUGAGGUGUAUCUGUUUGACGAUCCGCUGAGUGCCGUGGACGCUCACGUAGGAAAGCACAUCUUCGAGAAGGUGAUUGGACCAUCGGGAAUGCUGGUGGGCAAGUCACGUUUGUUAGUCACUCACGGCAUUUCCUAUUUGCCAUUUGUUGAGAACAUUUUCGUCGUUAAAGAUGGAGAGAUCUCGGAGAGCGGAUCAUAUCAACAACUACUCGACCAGAAAGGUGCAUUUGCCGAGUUCCUCACGCAACACAUUCAAGAACUUGACGAAUCAGAUGAAGAGGAACUCUUACAAACGUUUAACCUUACUAUUUCCUCACCAGAAAUUAAAUUAAUCCAAGAAUCACUCAAGGAUGAAACGGCACAACGUAUCGUAGAACGCACAAUGUCAACGAGAUCCGGUCGAUCUGGUGGCAGUAAUGGUAGCCAGCGCAAGAAGCGCAUCAGUCGGCAGGAAUCGAAGGCAAGCUCCAAAAAGGAGGAUCCCAUCAUACAGAAUCUGGACAAGGCGACACUAAUCGAAAAGGAAGAAUCGGCCACUGGUUCUGUAACAUGGGCUGUCUAUAAGAAGUACGUCACUGCCAUUGGGUUCCAGUUUGGGUUCUGGUCGGUUGUGUUUAGUAUAAUCAAUCAAGGUAGCGGCAUCUACUCCAGCAUGUGGUUGACAGAUUGGUCCGAAGAUCCGGAAGCCAUUACUGACACUUCGGUGCGCGAUAUGUAUCUCGGCGUGUACGGAGCACUGGGAGGAGUACAAUCCAUCGCACUGUUCAUUGGAUCGGUGUUACUGGCAUUGGGAUGUUUGAAAGCGGCGGAAGAGUCACAUGAUAAGCUGCUAGAGAGUUCGAUGCAUAUGCCAAUGUCCUUCUUCGACACCACACCGCUGGGCCGUAUCAUUAAUCGAUUCUCCAAAGAUGUGGACGUGGUGGACAACAUUCUACCGGCAACGAUUCGUGCCUGGUUGCUGAUGUUGUUCAGCGUCAUCGGUGUGUUCGUCGUGAUCGGUAUCUCCACACCGAUCUUUCUCGCGAUCGUACCACCGCUGAUGGUGAUCUACUACUUCGUACAACGGUUCUACAUCGAAACUUCGCGUCAGCUUAAGCGACUAGAAUCCGUCACCAGAAGUCCGAUCUAUUCACACUUCGGCGAGAGUAUCAGCGGCCAGUCAACUAUCCGUGCCUAUGCACAGCAGCAACGUUUCAUAAAGGAAUCUGAGGAUCGUUUGGACUACAACCAGCUCGUGACUUAUCCAACAAUUCUGGCCAAUCGGUGGUUGGGCGUGCGGUUGGAAAUCAUUGGAAGUUUGGUGAUCUUAUUUGCCGCUCUGUUCGCCAUCUUGGCCCGAGACAGUAUCGGGCAGGCAACGGUGGGGCUUUCCAUUAGUUAUGCACUGCAGAUUUCUAAUGUGUUGAGCUUCCUCGUGCGUAUGACUGCUGAAGUGGAGACAAACAUUGUCGCCAUCGAACGUUUGGAGGAGUACACCGUGCUUCCGCGUGAAGCAGAGUGGCAGAAGGGAACCGUGGACAAGGCAUGGCCUGUAGAAGGAAAGGUUGAGUUCAAGGAUUAUCAGAUCCGAUACCGUGAGGGUCUUGAUCUGGUCAUUCGAGGCAUCUCGCUCGGUGUCCGUGGAGGAGAGAAGAUCGGUAUCGUUGGUCGUACCGGUGCAGGAAAGUCCAGUUUGACACUUGGUCUCUUCAGAAUUGUUGAAGCUGCCGGUGGACAAAUCAUCAUCGACGGACUUGACAUCUCCCAAAUGGGUCUUCAUCAGCUCCGUAGCCGAUUGACCAUCAUUCCCCAAGAUCCGGUUCUGUUCUCCGGUACUCUUCGGAUGAAUGUGGACCCCUUCAAUAACUUCAGCGACGACCAGGUGUGGAAAGCUCUCGAGCUGUCCCAUCUGAAGACGUUUGUCAAGGGUCUCACAGCAGGUCUGGAGCAUGAGAUCGCCGAGAACGGAGAGAAUCUAUCGGUAGGACAAAGACAACUCGUCUGCUUAGCGCGAGCCAUCCUUCGCAAGACGAAGGUGUUGAUUUUGGAUGAGGCGACGGCAGCGGUAGAUCUGGAGACGGAUGAUUUGAUUCAGAAAACAAUCCGUACUGAGUUUGCCGACUGUACAAUUCUCACCAUUGCCCAUCGGCUGAACACGAUUCUCGACUCAGACCGUGUGCUGGUGCUCGACAAGGGUUUGGUAGCUGAGUGUGACUCACCGCAGAACUUGCUGGCGAACAGAGACACCAUAUUCUUCAGCAUGGCAAAGAACGCUGGAAUCGUAAGCUAA